AUGGAUUACGAAAUGGACAUCGAGCCCACCGGGCCCCAGGUCACAGUGCGAGAGGCCGAACCCUACCGCGUAGACUUCAAACUCAGCUCCGUUGACCUCGCUUUCGCCAACUCCGUCCGGCGCGUGAUGCUCGCUGAAAUCCCCACAAUGGCCAUCGACCUGGUCGAAGUCGAAAAGAACUCAUCCGUUCUUCCAGACGAGAUGCUUGCCCACAGAUUAGGUCUAGUCCCGCUGAUCUCGAAAAACUGCGACCAGGACGUCGAGUACACGCGCGAUUGCGAGUGCGAGGACCACUGUGCACGGUGUAGUGUUACGCUUUCGCUACAUGCGCGGUGCACUGGCGAUGAGAUUAUGGCUGUGUAUGCGCGCGAUCUGGUUGUUUCUGGGGAGCGCGCGAAUGAAUGGGUUGGGAGCCCUGUUAUUACAGACCCGGAGGGGAACGGACCGCUUAUUUGCAAGUUGAGGCGUGGGCAGGAGCUUAAGAUGACUUGUAUUGCGAAGAAGGGAAUUGCGAAGGAACAUUCAAAGUGGGCGCCUACUGCGGCGAUUGGGUUCGAGUAUGAUCCGCAUAAUAACCUCAAGCAUGUGGAUUAUUGGUAUGAGGAGGAUCCGGUUAAAGAAUGGCCCGUUUCACAAAACGCCGCCUGGGAACACGCGGCACCCCCCGACCAACCGUUUGACUACGAUGCGCAGCCAAACAACUUCUACUUCGACAUUGAGAGCGUCGGCAAUCUUGAACCAGAUAUGAUUAUCCAGCAAGGGAUUGUCGUUUUGCAACGUAAACUUGCCUCCGCUAUCUCGUCCCUCUCCGGCACCGAAGGAGGCGAUCACAACGGCGUUCCUGACGAAGACAUGAUGGGUGUCCGAAGCCCGGACGCCUAUGAACCUCCAGAGGGUAUGGACGGUAGCUUCACGGCAUAUGCUAAUGGAGGUGCUGCGAGCGCUUGGGGUGCUAGUGCUGCGACACCCUACGGAGCUACUCCUUAUGGCGGGGGCGGCUAUGGCUUCUAG